AUGCUGCGACGACCUCCCGGCGAGGGACGUCGGCCCUCCCAGCAACAGAAACUUCUUAUCGCCUUUGCCAUCAUCCUCCUUCCCUGGAUCCAGCUUGUCGAUGCCCAGCAGCAGCAUCGACCAGCCGCCGAUCCAGCCCUACAACCGCUGCAGCGCCCUGGUGGCAGCAGCCAACAACUAGCCGACGAUGCCGCAGUUCAUCAUCAGUGGGCUGCCACGCCCAUCGACGCCGCCGAGGCCGCGUACGAGACGGCCGAAAACAUUAAGCGAGCAUCGACUCUGAAGGAGCGCCCUCCUCAGCAGAACCCCUCGAAGCGCAAGAACCGAAAGAAUGAAUACCAAAACAUUAUUAUCCCUGACGAUGCGAGCGCCCUCGCAACUUUGGCUCCGGCUGAGGCCGUAAGAGCACCAAACCCUUCACGACAUCUUCGGCCCCGAAGCGUUCCUGCUUCCGGGCUGGCGUCGCCGCAGUCUGCGCGGAGUCUGAAGGACUGGGAAGCGGAGGACUUUGUUCUUCUGGCGACCGUCGAUGGAGAUUUGUAUGCCAGCGACAGACGAACCGGAAAGGAACGCUGGCACCUCGAAGUUGACCAGCCCAUGGUCGAGACAACGCAUCACCGCGCCGAUCAAUCCAUCCUCGACGAAAGCUUCCACCCCGUCGACCAUUAUGUCUGGGCCGUUGAGCCAAACCGUGAUGGUGGGAUUUACAUGUGGAUUCCCGACUCCAAUGCAGGCCUUGUCCGGACAGGUUUCACCAUGAAGAAGCUCGUCGAAGAGCUAGCCCCAUACGCCGACGAGAACCCUCCCGUGGUCUACACUGGCGACAAGAAAACAACCAUGAUCACCCUCGAUGCAGCCAGUGGAAGGGUACUAAAGUGGUUUGGUUCCACAGGCUCUCAUGUCAACGAGGCUGAGAGCUGCCUGCGGCCCAAUACUCUGUACGGCGUCGACGACGAAGAGUGCAGCUCCACCGGUACCAUCACGCUGGGCAGGACCGAAUACACUGUCGGCAUCCAGCGACGAGAUGGCCAUCCCAUUGCCACUCUCAAAUAUUCCGAAUGGAGCCCAAACAACUAUGAUAACGACCUCUACCAGCAGCAUCAGUCCUCACUUGACAGCAAGUACAUUACCAGCCAGCACGACGGCAAGGUCUACGCCUUCAAUUACGCGCGAUCCGGAAAGCCCGAGCCUGUGUUCAGCGAGACCUUUGCUGCACCUGUUGCUCGCGUGUUCGAUGUUUGUCGGCCUUGGGAUGCAAACAUCGAGAGCAAUCCCGACUUGAUUGUUCUUCCCCAGCCGCCCAUGCCCGCGCAGGAUGAAAUCAAUGCACGAAUUCGGAGCAACAGCAUCUUCCUAAACCAGACUCGCUCGGGGAGUUGGUACGCAAUGUCUGGCCGAUCGUACCCUCUCAUUGUCAAUGCGCCUAUUGCUCAAAUUUCUAGCCCUGACUGGCUGGACAUUGCCCCUGCCUGGGACACAAUCAAUCAAACUCGACUAUCCAAGGCUUUGGUGGGCACACACUUCCUCAACAGCAACAAAGGCGGCAAGCAACACCUUCGCAGCCUCCCCGCUGGAUCACCCGCGGGAUACGAAGAGCCUGAUACAUACGAGGAGACGGACAACGAUUCCCGAAUUCCCCAAGCAGAUGUAAUAACAGACGAGCCUACUAUUUUCAAGAAGGUCAAGUCUAUUCCUCAAAAGGCCGUUGACAGCGUCAUCGAGUUUGUCAGCAACCCCAUCUUGAUCCCCAUCUUCUUGUUUACUCUGUUCUACAAGCAAAGUAGCCUUCGCCGGGCCUAUCGCCAGAUCAGGCUCAAGGGUUUACACAAUCUACAGUUCGGAAAGGAUGGAAUCUCGGAUGAUGGUGACGACACUCAAGGCAGUGAGAGCGAAUCUGAGGGCGUUGAUCUCCCAUCGACACCUAUCGCCGACGUGGACUCGACAGACGGGGAGGCGACGCCCAGGCCUCACAAGCACCAGGCUGAGCCCAAAGUUGAGUCUCCCACCAAGGGAUCCGCCAAGUUGGAUGGCCCCCGAGACGAAGCCCAGGCCUCGGCCGCCAACAAAACUCCGAACGAACAACCCGACGGCAACCAUAAUCGACCAGCCCCCGAGAAAAAGAAGAAGGCCCAUAGGGGACGACGUGGAGGGGUCAAGCACCGCAAGGGUGGUCGUGCCGCCGAGGCAUCACAGUCUCGUGACGACGACCCCGGUCCAGGGACUGUGGAGGAUGCCGUGAAGAAUGCCAAGAAACUGGGUGAUCGUCCCAGUCUCGAGCCUGAUGUCAUGACUGUCGCCAACGACAUGCAGUCCGUUACAGGCUCCAUCAUUCGUCUCGGUAGCAUCGAGGUCGACAUGGAUGAGCAGCUGGGCACGGGUAGUAAUGGAACCUUGGUCUUUGCUGGCAAGUAUGACGGCCGAGAGGUGGCUGUCAAGCGGAUGCUGAUCCAGUUCUUCGACAUUGCCUCUCAAGAGACCAAACUGCUUAGGGAGAGUGACGACCAUCCAAAUGUCAUCCGAUACUACGCUCAACAGUCACGGGACGGAUUCCUCUAUAUCGCACUGGAACGCUGUGCUGCCUCGCUGGCCGACGUCGUGGAGAAGCCCAACUACUUCCGAGACCUUGCCAUCGCUGGAGGACGCGACCUUCCCAAUAUUCUCUAUCAGAUCACCAAUGGUAUCAGCCAUCUGCACGAACUUCGAAUCGUCCACCGAGACCUCAAGCCACAGAACAUCCUUGUCAACAUGGCGAAGGAUGGCAAGCCAAGGAUGUUGGUGUCCGACUUUGGACUUUGCAAGAAGCUUGAGGGAGGCCAGUCAUCUUUCGGUGCGACUACUGGUCGGGCAGCUGGAACCUCUGGCUGGCGUGCCCCUGAACUCCUGCUCGAUGAUGAUGCCCGAGGCAACGUUAUGAACGAUCUGAGCACACAGAGCGGUUCUGGCUCGGUCCUAGUGGGAGACGGCAUGAUGCCCAACAACCGACGGGCCACGCGGGCCAUUGACAUUUUUUCGCUUGGCCUGGUCUUUUUCUACGUCUUGACAAAUGGCUCGCAUCCCUUUGACUGUGGCGACCGAUACAUGCGGGAAGUCAAUAUCCGCAAGGGCAACUACAAUCUCAAUCUCCUUGACUCCCUGGGUGACUUUGCCUUUGAGGCUAAGGAUCUCAUUGAGUCAAUGCUUCAAGCCGACCCAAAGAUGCGCCCAACCGCCAAGGACAUUAUGGCUCACCCUUUCUUCUGGUCGCCCAAGAAGAGGCUUGCUUUCUUGUGCGAUGUUUCGGAUCAUUUCGAGAAGGAACCGAGAGAUCCACCAUCGCCCGCCCUCGUGGAGCUUGAACGUCAUGCAUCAGGUGUGACCAAGAAUGACUUUUUGCGGCUUUUGCCACGAGAGUUUGUCGACUCCCUUGGCAAGCAGCGCAAGUACACGGGCUCACGGCUCUUGGACUUGCUGCGUGCUCUCCGAAACAAGAGGAAUCACUAUGAAGACAUGCCUGACACUCUCAAGCGUAGCGUGGGACCACUCCCUGAUGGGUAUCUGUCGUUCUGGACGACACGAUUCCCCAUGCUGCUCCUUGUCUGCUGGAACGUAGUGUACAACGUGCAGUGGGAUGACUCGGACCGGUUCCGCGAAUACUACGAGCCGGCAGCUCUAUAAAGAAGGACUGGGUGUUGACUAGUGGGGCCGUGGGCUUUGGAGCAUUGGGUAAAGAUGGAAAUGACUUACAGGUACCUUGCUGGAGAUGGGUUGGCUGGGAUUUGGAUAUCGUAUUUGGUUCGGACGUGUUGUUUCAACCUAGUGUAGGCGGCUCCUAGGCAGCGUAGUGAAAAAAGUACUGCUUCUCAU